GUGAUCUUGUUUAGACGUUUUUCUUGAGAUUUCUUCUGUGCGAGAGGCUGCCCGUUGAGUGCGGGUUUCUUUUUGUUUAUUUUCCCAGAGUCCUUCGUGCUUGAGAGCUGUCUGACAAAUUUGCUCUAUCAUUAUUGUUGCCGGUUCGGUGUCUGGUGUGAAAUUGUCGUUUUGUUGCGUGACACAGUCUCUUAUCGCGCAGAUUUAAUUGAUGUCGCUAAUUUAGUGUUUUUUGCGAAACUGCAGUGAGGAGGGAAGCGUUCUGCACGCAAUUGGAUUAAAUGUUGUGGAUGCGUCCCAUCGGUACAGCAUCGAUUUUAGAUUUUAUGGGAUUCCUGGGCUUGUGAUGUUGCUCGAACUAGAGGCUUAGUGCUCGGUCCUGACUUCAAGUUGAUCCUUUUUUGUGACUUUGGGUGUGUAAUACGUAAUGAGUGUGACUUUUGUGAUUGCAACAGAAUACGCUCCCGGUUGGUUGUAGUGUGACUAAAUGAACCAAGUUGCAAUUGUGCCCAACCCCUGAGUAGAGAAAUCACAUAAUUUAACAACAUUUAUGAUAAAAUCUUCAGGAAUGACAGUGACUGGUAUCCGUGCAAUAAUGACGAGCCCGACGGUUCCACCGCAGCAGAAAAGUUCACGAAUUAGUAAUUUCAGUGUCGCCAGCCUCCUAGCGGACACUCGACCCAAAAGCCCACCGGAGCCAGCGGACGUGAUGCUCCCCACAAAUCUGUCCGCCCAUCACCUCAACCACCUCGCCCCGCCACAUCAGAACAGCAGAAACAGCAGUAGUCCACCAAAUGCUCACCAUCAUCUGCAUCACACAAACCUUAAUCACCACAGUCAUCUUCUUAGUCACCAACCCCCAGCGCCCAGUUCGUCACCUGUCUCCUCCAUCCAAGAAACAAGUAGUAUUAGUACGAAAAAUGAAAGACACACUCCACAAAGUUCAGCGGAAUCUGAAGUGGACUAUGACUCGAAUCAGGAGGAAGAGGACUCGAUUGUGGACAUUGAGGAUAUGAAUAUGAAUGAUUCGCGAUCGACACCAGGUCACGAUAGUAAAUCACCGCCUGUUCCAACAAGUGUCUCUGCAGCGGCGGCUGUGACCGCGGCAGCUGCAGCAGCUUCAUCCCAGCUUCUUGCCACACCCGCCGCAGCUCUCGCAGGACAUGUUCCAAUCAGGCCGACCCCGUUUAGUGCGCUCGCGGCUGCAGCGGCAGCGUGGGGCGGAAUCGGCGGUGGUGUACCCUGGCCAGCAGCGGCAGCAGCAAGACAGAUGCCCCCCUUUGGACCGCCCGGAUUGUUUCCUGGUCAAGGAUUCGGACCCGGCGGAGUUGGUGGAGACAAUGCAGAAGGGCCUCGUAUAAAAUGUAAUUUACGUAAGCACAAGCCAAAUCGGAAGCCACGUACUCCAUUUACAACGCAACAAUUGCUUUCUUUAGAAAAGAAAUUCCGCGAAAAGCAAUAUCUAAGCAUAGCAGAACGAGCUGAAUUCUCAUCGUCGUUAAGAUUAACUGAAACACAGGUGAAGAUAUGGUUUCAAAAUCGACGAGCUAAAGCGAAACGACUGCAAGAAGCUGAAUUAGAAAAAAUUAAGAUGGCUGCAUUGGGACGAGGUGCGCCUGGUGCUCAGCUUUAUAUGGGCUAUUUUCAUCCCAGUUUAAUGCAUUUAGGAUAGAAGCCAGUGUCUAUAUCAGUAAUAAUAACUUAAGAUAAUAAGAUAUAUUAAAAAAAAGAUUUAUAUGUAUUUGUGAAUAAUUUCUUUUAAAUAAAUAAUGUGUAAAUACAUGAUUGAACAAAUAAAAAAAACACAGACAAGCCUACAAACGAUUUUGCUACGAGAAGUGAAUAAAUGUUCUUGCGAGAUGUUCCUUUAGUUAAAAUUUUGAAACCUCCCUUCAGACUUUCCUCAGUGAUCUGUUUUUCUACUCUGAAAAAUUAACUCCAUUUAGUACUAAUUCGGUAUUCCUUCUUGAAUUUAUAAUGAGAACUAAAAAACCGAACAUUGUACAACAUAAUUCAUGCAAUCUUUUCUAUGGGGAGAUAAAAUACUUUAGAUGAGCCUUGUUCAAACUCAGAUACUUUUUUAUUUCUGCAAUAAUAUUACGUUUUUGUAAGCGACCCCCUAAUCUAAUAAAAUUCCAGAGAAAUACUCUUAAUACCAAGAUUCAAAUUUAUAUUUGCCAACCUUACAUACAUAUGUCGAAUUGAGAAGCUCAUUCGCAAAAGGUGCUAAAUCUACUUUAUGAAAUUUACAGAUUUUUAUGUUUUGAAGAAACUUUUUACCUCUCGAAUUUAAUAUUAUUUCAUAAACACUAUUUUAUGUGUAAUAAUAUUAAAAAAUAUCAAGCUGAACUGUCAUUAUCAUUCCAAAUCUUAUUACUAUAUCUCAAGUCAAUUAACUGCAAAAUAAAAAUCACAUUUUCCCAGAUAUUUUCUCAGAUAGAUAUAGUACGUUUCGAAACUGAGCUUCUCAAUUGUAAAUUAAAUAAUUUAAAUUACAAUUUUCAUCUUGGCAAGAACAAACUUUAUCUCAAACGUGCUAUUUCGCAAUCUAAGUAUGCAUUGAAAACGACAAAAAAAAACAGAUAAUUUACUAGAUAUACACGCAAAGGAAUGAAUAUCUCGACUGUUAAGUAUUAGGGUCAUGCCUAAAGAACAAGUAUAAAUUUAGGUAAUUUAAUUGAAAAAAACAUACCGAAUAAGAUUCUUUUUGUAUAAUCGUUAUUUAUUUAUAUAUCCUGCCAGAAAUGAAAAAAAAGAUAUCUUCUUACUUCCCUCUUUUUGUUUUUGUAAAUAGUUUCCCAUUAAGAUAUAUUUAAAAUCUUCAGUGUUGUAAAUAUUAGCAUAAGAUAAUUUAAAAUAAAAUAGUUAUUAGUCAAAUAUGCCUAUUUUGACUAAAUACCCCCCGGCGAAAUUGUCAUUUGAAUUAUUAUUAAAUUGACAUUUUCGCGAUAAAUUUGAAAAAGAAAAAAGUAAGUUAAAUUGGUAGCGAAAACAUUUGUAAAUAAUUUAAAUCUAAUUAUGUGCGAGAUAUUAACGUAAAUAUUGAAUAUAAGACUAAAAAAACUGUAAUAGUGUUAUGAAUGUAAUUAUGAUGAAAAUUCUUAUUAUAAAUGUAAUAUUAGAAUUACGGAAAAUUGCAAGAAAUAAUUGAAUGAAUGGAAAAAAAUGUCAAA